UUGGUACGGUCCAGAUCCCGAGUCUCUGAUUGGUCGGCCCCCCUGGAGCCUUUCCAACAUGGCGGCCAGGUGAACAAAUGUUUGUUUCGUCCCUAAGAGUCACGGUCAGUGGCUUCGUGUACAAAAUCCCCCGACACUUACUGCCGUUUAUCUAACGGAUUUCCUCCCAGGAAAACUCAACCUCACCCUGGACCAGAUGUUGCGAUGGCGUAGAAAGUUCUAAGGCAGCCCGCUGCACCAUCCCAAAGCCACCAUGUCCAUGGCGAGGAAUGCGCCGUUCGGCACGGACGACACGCCGGAGAUCGAGGUCAAGAUCAUUGGCAGCAAACGGGUCCAGGUGAUGAGGGAGAAAAAACAUGGGAACCCCCUGUUGGCCCCCCUACCUGACAGCCCCUCUCUCCUGACCCAGCCUCUCUACAAGGAGUACGAAAACCUGAGCAGCUCACACUUCAAAAUGGGCUUUACCACUACAGAUCAGCAUGAGCGGGCCAAGUUAGUUCCCUCUCAGACUGCGCAGCCCGACAAGAGUAACUCCCAGUUACACGGAACCAGCCUCAAGGUCGGCUCCAAGGUCUUACCCCCCAUCAGCCGCACCAGCACCAGCUCUGACGGCUCCGGGGGACACAGCUCUGUCCUAGGAGAAGACCCCACCAUCGCAAACCAGCUGCACAAGAUACUCAAGAAGUACGACUCCAAGAAGUUCAAAGACAUGUACGUGGAACUUGUCGGAUAUGACCGCAAUCUCACCGGUUACGUCAACCAGUCGCAGCUGAAUCUCGUAUGUUUACGGCACCAGCUGCCGCUCUCGGGAUCAACGUUACAGAUCAUGUUCUCGCGGUUUGCCUCGCCGGAGGAUGAGGAGAGUAUAAACUACGAGAAGCUGCUGCAGUUCCUCUCAGCUGCACAGCAGAACAAGCCGGUCAAACAGUCCACGCUGUCGGCCACGGUCGACAAGUUUAUAGGGGGAGGGGACAGCACGAGCUCCUCACAGAAAUCGAAGGCCGGGAGUCAGACUGCUCCGGAGCUGCGGAUCAGGGAUAAGUCACACACACGGGAGAACAUCCUAGUGAGCCCUGGUUCCGGGCUAACCAGUCCCAGCAUGACCCUCCCUCACACAACCUCCACUAUAGAUGGGCUCAAGCCAGAAAGCCCUGUUGCAAGACAUCGUACGGGAAGCUUCUCUGACCGCGAGGCAGCAAAACUUCUCCACUUGUUAGAAAACCAGUUCACGUCCCAAGAAGUAGACGACCUUGACCUCCAGGCCGUCAGGAACACGUUUGAGGAAGUGGACAGACAUGGGGCGGGCAUGUUGUCACGGAAACAGGUUGAAGAUGUAGUUGUGAAACACAGAUUGCCGAUCCAAGGCUCUCUCAUGGACAAACUACUCAAGAGGUGUGAAGUGGAGGCGGGGCUCUUUGGCUGGAAAACCCUGGUUGAUUUUCUGGAGCGAGUGAAACCCUUGGAUAUCCCCUCCAAGCAGAAGCAGGGUGUGAAGCGGCCGGGAACGUGGCCUCGGAACAAGAACAAUGUAGACAAGUCCUUCCUGCCUCCCUCAGUCUCUCCUGAUGUUCCCAAACCUCCUCCAUGGGAGACUAGGAAACCUCUGGAGAGGUUGGAAAAACGGCCGAUCCAACUGAGCUCGGAGGAGCCACAAAUUGAGAGAAUCUCGCACACGGGCAACACGAGCACCCCCUCCAGCUCGGGUGGACUCUCCCACGGAACCAACGAGGACGAGAUGUCUCCGAGGAACUCCCUGGAGGAUUCCCAGCGGGACCUGGACAAGCUGAUCCUGGCUGCGCGGGAGAAGCAGCGCGCGCGGGGGAAGGCAGCCGUGCACCUGGAGGAUGCAGAGGACUGGGACCAGCGCUUCCUGCACCUGGCUAAGGCACUCUUCAACUGUGAUGAGCUGGGAUCAGGCUACCUGGAGCUGCCAGAAGCCAAGAGACUGGUGAGGAACUACAACCUGAUCUACAACCUGGGGUUUGAGGACACCCGCAUAGAGAACACCCUGACACAGUGUUCUGCUGACGGGAAGGUCGCUCUAGAGCCCCUCAUCCAAUCCCUGAGAGUAAAACUGUGAUGGAGAGAUGUUUGUGUAGAUUACUUAUCCAAGAAUUCAAUAGAAGAAGUUGAAUCAACCUUUCUACUUGACACUACAGUGCAGGGCUCUAGCCAGCUCGAAAUUUUUUUCCGUCAGCCAAUUCCCAUUGUCGCGAAAACACUAUUCCAGGAGUUAGAGAGACUGAACUGAGA